GGAGCAUCCGCCACCACUCACGGCCCCUUUAAGAAAGCAGCGCCGAACACUGACGAUAUUUCCUCGGCCCAGUUCCCCUGCCCGUUUCUGCGAAAUCAACAAGAGACGAAGGCAGGCUGGUAUCUGCAAGCUCCGGGCCAACAGCUCUCCCCCGACCGAGAGGGACGCAACUGGUAUCAUAUUUUAUUGUUCAGUGUCUGUCUGCCUGUGUAACCGCUCAGCACUCAGCAGGAGACGACAUUUAGCUAGUCGGUGCACAGGGAAACAAGCGGAUAUUGUUGAGAUGGAUGGAUCAAGUGAGCGGUUUUCGCCGUGAGACUGGCGCUAAUUUGGACGUCCCCUGAGCAGCAGGUGUACUGAAGGAUAAAGCAGAGGACUCAAGGGAAUCUCAGUGUUCAUGAAACUUUGCUACGAUUUACGUGCUGGGGUUGCCGUCCGCCAUGUUAAGGUAAAGCCCAGGUGCGCGGUGUUGACCAUGCUAAAGCGCUUGGACAAGAUCCGCUUCCGAGGCCCCAGGACGAGAGACGACUUCCCGGAUCUGGCCGAGUCGCCACCCGCCUCUGACAACGAAUGUAGCGACGAAAUGCAGCUGAAGCCCAGAGCAGCACUGCGGGACACAGAAGACCCUGCAGGUUCGGGGUCUCCCACCAUGGCUGCGGCCAUCCAGGACUUCCAGAGGUCGGAGUCAGACCGACUCAAUGAAGUCAAAGGUCACCUGGAAAUUGCCUUAUUGGAGAAACAUUUCCUACAGGAGGAGCUGAGGAAGCUGCGGGAAGAGACCAAUGUGGACUCUCUGCGGCAGGAGCUGGAGAGAGAGCGAAGCAAGAGGAUAGACCUGGAGCAGAAGAUGAAUGAGGUGCUCAAGUCCAGGCUGGAGGACUCUCCGCCACAGCCUCCCCGGAAACAGCAGUCGCCCUCAAACAAUGGAACAGAUAAACAGCAGAAGGAGGUCUGGAGUUCGCGGCUGCAAAAGUGGGUAUAUGAGCGCUUCGGGGUUUACAUCGAAGACUUCCGUUUCCAGCCGGAGGAAAGCACCGUGGAGGCCGAGGAACCGCUAAGUGCUAAAAGGUUAACCGAAAAUAUGAGGCGACUCAAGCGAGGAGCCAGACCUGUCACCAACUUCUUAAGGAACCUCUCCGCCUUAUCUAAUUGGCACUCCGUCUACACCUCAGCUAUUGCCUUCAUUAUCUACAUGAAUGCUGCUUGGCAUGGCUGGGCCAUUCCCAUGUUACUCUUCCUGGCUAUCCUGCGCUUGUCCUUAAAUUACCUCAUCGCCAGAGGUUGGAGGAUCCAGUGGAGCAUUGUGCCUGAGGUCUCUGAACCCAUGGAGCCUCCAAAGGAAGACUUGACUGUAUCUGAAAAGUUCCAGCUUGUACUUGAUGUUGCACAAAAAGCACAGAACCUGUUUGGUAAGAUGGCGGAUGUUUUGGAGAAGAUAAAGAACCUGUUCAUGUGGGUACAGCCAGAGAGCACCCGGAAACUUUACAUCUGCCUGUGGGUGGCUUUCAUAACCUCCUGCGUCCUGCCAUAUAAACUAAUGGGCUUCAUGAUGGGCCUGUACGCCGGUAUCAAGUUCUUCAUCAUAGACUUCCUGUUUAAGAGCUGUCCGAAACUGCGGGACAAGUACGACACCCCCUUCAUCGUGUGGAACAGCCUUCCCACAGACCCUCAGCUCAAAGAGAGGACCAAUGCCACUGUGUCACGGCGGGUUCAGCCGGUAGUUUCUCGGGGCAGCCUGGCCACUGUCCCAUGCGGGGUGAGCCGAGAGGAGGAGACGGGUCGCUCCCACAGCACCAAGAAGGGAGCCUUUCACGAGAUCUUCAACCUGCAGGAGUCAGAGCGCCCUCUGGCGGUGUGUGAGAACGGCUGGAGGUGCUGCCUCAUAAACAGAGACCGGAAGAUGCCCACUGACUACAUCAGGAACGGAGUGCUCUACGUCACAGAGAAUUACCUUUGCUUUGAAAGCUCCAGCUCCAGAUCCAGCUCAUCCAAGAAGAAUAAAGUUAUCAAGCUGGUGGACAUCACUGACAUCCAAAAGUACAAAGUGCUGUCAGUUCUACCAGGAAGUGGGAUGGGUAUCUCAAUAGCCACCCCGUCCACUCAGAAGCCAUUGGUGUUUGGUGCCAUGAUCCACAGAGACGAGGCUUUCGAGGCCAUCUUUACCCAGUACAUGAAGAUCAUGACCACCACAAAACCACCGGCCAGCGCAGAGCUCUAGACUGCCUGCAGCUCAUUUCCACACUGGGGCUAAAGUCUGGGGAGAGAGGGCCUCCUGAGAUUCAACUGGACUGGAAGAUACUUUUAAAAAACAAACACCACACUCCUCUGCUCUGCUCUGCUCUGCUCCUCCUCCUCGUCCUCCUUUUGUGAUGAGCAUCGGCUUCCUUAUCGAUAGUCAUCGGUGGACUUCCUGUUUAGGUCACGUCGGAGGGGGUGUGUGGGCGUGUCAGCUACAUGUCUGCGCAGUUGGGAUUUAGUUGCAUCACACACUUUACGUGGGUGUCGGAUAACAAACAAAAUCCACUCACUGGUUCUGGGAGGAGUGAGGAUCGGUGUGGUUUUUAUCAAUCAGCAGAAGGCUGGCGAGGGGGGCUGGUUCUCCCCUCCCCGCCUAACUGACCAACUGACUGGCUGACUGAGUUUCCUGACUUACUUGUUUCUGUGUUUGCAUGUGUGGGUGGGUGUGUGUGUGUGUGUGUGUGUGUGUGUGUGUGUGUGUGUGUGUGUGUGUGUGUGUGUGUGUGUGUGUAGGCCGGACUUAAGCUCUUAAAUUGCGUCAAGUGGCUCUAUUUUUCUCUUUAUCCCUCAGUCAGUGGAGUGACUUCUGCUGUGGUAGGAGGAUUUCAAGAAGUGCUCAACCUGGCUGUAAAAUAAAUAUCAUGAAACAAUUAGAAGAUAAAACAAGAGGUGCUUUCAACUGCCAGACAUCUGUAGGAACAAACAUGUAAGUGUUAGCUUCAUAAAUCAGUGCAAAAACAACUAUUAAUGUUGAAAUAUUUAGACAUUUAACUGGUUGAUCGGUGCCUCCUAGCGUAGCCCAACAAAAUUAUAAGUGUGCGAGUGGUCAGUGAUUGUUUUUUUUUUAUGUGUAUUAGCUGUGAAAACGUCAGAUCACCAUUUGACUGACACAGAGCCUUUGUUAGUUUACAUUGCUGCUGUCUACUUUCUUGAGUUUGUUUCCCCUCUAUUUUCUAGACACAGUUCAGCAGCUUCAGUAUGUUUUAGUCGUCUUUGUCGAUCUAACAAACAGAAAAUGUACGCUGCCGUGUUCAGCAUCUGCUUCGGUGUUUGUAAGUGUGCGUAUGUGAAACGUGUAGUGAAAUGUUCGUUUCCUUUUUUUUUUUCUUCUCAAAAAUGCCUUUCUUUUGAAAUCUGUCUUUGUAACAAACAGCCUUUGGGAUGAGUAAGUGGUGGUCCUGGAGCUGCUGAUUGUGUCCGAGACGAGAGCACAACCACUGUUAGAUGGUUCAAACACUGACUGCCAUUUAGAGCUGUGUCACAGUGGAGAUCAAGGCACAAUCUGUACAUAUAUAGAGAGAGUUUCUUCUUUUCUUCCCCCAUCAAUGGUAUUCUCCCUGCACUUUAUUAGGACGUUAACUGGAAUUCCUGACAUUUAUGUUGCAGUGUAUAGACUUGAAAUGCUCACUACUUCAGAUGGAAUCCAUGGUCAGUGUUAGCAAAUGGUUCCACAGGUAUGUCCUAUGGUAUUUCUCUUUUGUCUGACUGCUUGAGCCGGCACAGGUCACAUCCUGCUGGUCUCAGUGCCGCACAAAUGAGGUCCACGCACGUUGUAUUCUUGCCAGAUUGAUGUCUGCUGCAACCAGACAGACAACCUUCAAACGGACCAUAAAAGAAGAAGGUACUUUGACUUGAAAAUAAAACCGCAGACGGAUUAAUUUCACAUCACUGUGGCCUCGCACAUUAUAAUGUUGCCCUAGUUCAGCGUUUGAAUUAUACAGCUAAACCUGAUUGUCCGAGAGCAGUGCAGAAAUAUCCAUUAAACAUGUCUCCUCCUGAUAGGGUAAUCUCACUUGCUUAUAGGCGCAGCUGGUCAGGCUGUUUGAUGUUACGUAAGUAGUAAUAUAAAUUCUGGAUUUAUUAGUGCAAGUCCAUUUUUUAAGUCCGAAAACCAGGAUGAGGAGCUAUAAGACAUGCCUAAUUAGUUCCUUUUUGGUUUGUUUGCUUAUUUUUUUCACUCAUCUGUAAAGUCACAGAGAGUGAGAGUCAUCUGGGUGCUCUUCCACUUGUUCCAGAUCAUCUAAAUGUAGGCUCUUUUUUAAUUUUUUUUUUUAUUGUUAGUCUAUGAAGUAUAUGGAUGAAGGUCUAUACUGAAAAGAAUAUUUCAGUGUCACUUUAUUUUAAGAGACUGUUGGCAAGACUAAAGCUGGACUUUGCUCUUGCAGAAUGGUUUGAUAGGUAGAAAUAUAAUGCCAAACUACACCUGACACUUCACCGUGUUUUGAGAGAUGAAUAGAGAUGGGGUGUGGGACUGGAGGUGAUGAUUUCUCUUCAGAUUUCAGUAUGAGAGACAGUAGAGUAGCUAUUCCACACUCCCAACUCUUAUUUACUGUAUGCCCAGCAGCACAAGCUUUAGUUUCCUUGUAAAUGUUACAAAACUCUGUUCAAAGGGAGACCUUGACAUUUGAAUAUUUACUUUUGUUCUGGUCAUUUUUACUCACCCGACACUUUCUUUUUUUUUUUAGUUUGACAAUCCUUAAUCACUGUUGUGUCACUUCUUUCCUCAAAAGAACCACCGUUAUCCCCCUUUGGAAUAAAAAUGUCAAGGUUUCUCUUAAAGUCUAUUCAAGUCCUCUUAUCAUUACCAAUUUGAAUCAACAGAGCUGGAUAUGAAAUUGCCAGAGAAGCAAUGGACCAGUUUAGUGAACCACAUUAUUAUUUUUAGUUCAAACUAAUUAAGGAUGGAUAUUUUUUUCUUUGACAUCCAUUUGUAUGAUUUGGCCUGUUAUUAUUAACAGCCAGCUUUCCCAGACAUGGAUUUUCUAUUUUUGUUUAGUAAUGAAUUUGAUCCAUGAACGAGGGGAAACCUGUUGGAUGUUAGAGCAGGCGAAACCAGUAAAGUAACUAAUGCUGUCUCACUGUGUGAAUGGAUGGCUCGUUGUAGUCUUAAAGCUUUUACCUGAAGCCUUUUUGUAAUCUGUUAACUCUGAAAGCAGCUCUCGUGGCGUCUGGGAGACCCUAACAGGGCUGCACUCAGAUAAAGCACAGAAUGUAUCACGUUCUAAAUGUCUAGGAUUAUGUUGAUGUUGUUGUUUUUUCUUUUGCCAAAUCUUUUAAUUUUCUGCCAUAUUCUGCCUACGCUCAUGUUUACAGAAGGUUGUAAAAAUUAAUUUUGUUGUUUUUUGUUUUUUUCUUAACCCAGUUUGAAUUCCUUUUGACUCUGGAGUUAUGAAGACUGGACUGCUGUUCUUGAAUUAAUGUCUCAGCUCUCAUUGGCUCUGCAUCCCUCACAUGACUAUUUCUGCUCACCGUUUAACCAACAGGCAACUCAAACCAUAGUGACAACAAGAGCAGUAUUUUAAACCUCAUCCAGCAUGUAAAUUGUCAUAUCCAACAUCACAGUACUUGGUUACAGUGCAGUGUCAUUUGCAGUAAAACACAGGCUUCAUACAGAGCAGAGAUGGUCAUGGUGGACUGAAAUGGCAACAUCAGUGUUUUUGACAUUUACUUUGUCCUAUAAUGCACAUUUCUUUUGAAGAGUGUAAAGAAAGGCAGAUGUAAAACAGAAGUUUGAUUCACAUUGGUUUUUUUUUUUUUUAAUAAAAUGUGUGCACUCAUUACUGUAAGGCACUUUGGAGAACAGCAGACAGCAAAUUUUAAAGGAUCAGUGCGAUAUUUUUGCCGAGAACUUGAUGGGAAGUUUGAUACCACACAUGUCUGUACGCUAAAUAUGAAGCUAAUGCUAGCAGAUGUUUAGCUUAGCUUAGUUAGCUUAGCGCAUAUUUUGCUACCUUUGGACAGAGUCUGUAGGUAUUUAUAGUAGAGGUGGAAAUAAAUAAUCACUUUGCUGAAUCGAAGCUUCUUUUGUUAAAGUUUGUUCACUUUUUUCUAAGUUAAUUAAGCAAUUGCGUCACAGUUUAAAUGCACUUAGGCACAUACGUAAGAAGUCUUGACUACUUGCUGUUAGAAAUGUAAAACUUCAUGAUUUUAACAAAGUUAAAACGACGACUACUUUGUGAGCUUACAAAACACUCUCCCACACUUUUGUCAUGGUAUGUUGGCCCGCAUUUUUUAUUUUUUCUCUCCAGACAAUUUGGCUGUAAUCUGUACUGUCUAAAAACUUCUACACCCUUCCCUUUCCUCUGUCCUGCUGUUACCACAGACUGCUGCCCUUGGACUUGCCUCUUUUGUCGAGCGGUGAUGUUUAGCUCUGUCAAAUCUGUGCUAAAUUAAACAUAAAAGUGGUAUCAACCUUCUCAUCUAACUUGCAAGAAAGUGAAAUAAACAUUUCCCACAAUGUCGAAAUAUUCUUUUAAUGUUACGAAUGGUAAGCUGCACAUAAAGACUGCCAUACUGGGUAUCUCACUACUGGCAAACGUUACAGAACGGUUUGAGGGUUUAACUGCUGUUACAAGCGACAGGAACCUCGUCAAAAACAGUGGUGUUGUCCUCUCAAGGUCCCCUCCGUUUAAGCUGGUGUCCUCGCUGUUGUAUUAAAUAUGUAGUUCCUCUAACUGUGUGUAAAUGUUAAUUAAGGGUUUUCCAAAAGCAUUUCAAGUGAUCCACGCUGAGUGUACAGUACAAACUGUACCAGGGCUCCUUGUCUCAUCUUGGACAAUUUACAAAUGAAUUGUCUCAGGCUGCAAACAGCCUGAAUCUGACAUUAUGACUGAAGUAAAUUUAAGAAGAUAAAAUAAAUCUCAAGGAUUCGGUCCUGUUUUAAUGGACUGAGACAGUGCUCAUAAGACUUGGUACAGUCAGUGAAUUGCAAAUUAAAGCCCAAGUGUAACUGGGAAACACUGCAGUCAUUACAGUGAGUAAUUAAUUUGUCAUCUGUGACAGUUGCUAUAAUGACUUCCUCUUUUUCCCCUUUUUUUUUGUCAAAGAGGAAUUUGUAUACAAAUGAUUAAAAUGUACAGUGAAGAACACAAAAAAACCACUUGAGUUUUUAAAAGACAUGUCUAUUGUAAAGGAUAAUGUGAUGUACAUUUUUUAAUUUAAGUAAAUGAAUUUAAGGUA